CGGGGCAUUAGGAGUACUCGCAUCGCCGUCGCCCAAAAUUUGGCAAUGGGGGGCGUGUGUUUGCUGUGCAGCCUGCUGCUGAGCUUGCUCGCCUGCAGCCCGUGUCUUGGCCAGGCCCAGUCGGAACCAGUCACGGCCCUCUUACCGUCCGCUGUAAAGAAGGUGAACCUGACCGUCCUGUAUGAACCAUACUCCAAGGAAAGCUCGUGGUUCAUCAACAAGCAGCUCGUGCCCAUGUACAGGCUUCUGCGCAAACACCUCGUCGUCGAUAUGGUGCCGUUCGGUGGCACGCACAUCAAGGAACCGCAGGGCGCCAACACGACCGUGUCCUUCACCUGCCGCCACGGGCAGGCCGAGUGCCAGGCGAGCAUGAUUCACGCGUGCGCCAUCGCCCUGUACCCGGACCCGGACAAGCACUUGCCGUUCAUAUCGUGCACGCUGAUGUCGUGGAAGCCCGAGAAGAACGCGCAAAAGUGCAGCAACGAGCACAAAUUAGACAGCAGCAAGAUCGUCGGCUGCGCCUCGUCGGAGCAGGGCAGGAUUCUCCUGCAGAAGAUGGGCCGACGCACAAUGUCCGUGCGACCGCCCAUCAAUCGCGUGCCCAGCGUGGUCAUCGACGGCGGCUUCAACAAGCGCUACCAGAAGGAGCUGCAGGAGGUCAUCAAGGCGACCGUCUGCAAGCACUUCAAGCCACCUGUACCGGAGCCUUGCCUAGUCAAGAAACGUAGAGGGUGGUUCUGGUUUUGAGCGCUUCUUGCUCCCCCUCCCACCCACCCCUCUCCCACCACCUCAACCCAAUCAACCACCAGGUUCUGCUCUCCCCUAAUGUUCUGCUUGACGUUUUAAAUUCCGAUACUGCCUGAGAACGGCGGCCCCAUUGUGAGAGACCAUACGCCCCUCCUUUCAACGUUGCCUUUAUCGCUCAAACCAAAUUAACAUAUGCAAACGGGACUCUAGAAACUGACUGAUUGUGUUUGGAAGAAAAUAUUCGACCCGUUAACCGCCUUUGAGGGUCAACAUCGAGACCAGUGAACCGGCUAAAAUAUUUGGGUGCCCUGUCGAAAAGAGACCGUCUCGUGGUAAUGUUGAAAGCGAAGUGAAAGAAAUUCAGCGACGUGGAGGUGUUUUAAGCGGUGCGAGCACCUAAAAUGCAGCGCCUACCCCGUUAGUACAAGUGUGACCAGUUUAAAUGCGAAGUGUACACGCUAUGGUGUACUUCAUCUGUUUGUGCGUUGAGAUGUGGCUGUGUGUUGAUGCUUUGAUGGUGAUUGUUUUCGGCCUUGUUUGUGUUAGCCUAUAUGCGUAUCAGGAGUAGUUCUCGUCCUCAUCCGAUCGGUUAUAUUGAUUUCGUAGCGAAUCUCUCUAUUCGUUCUCAGGUACUUCUCGAUAAGGCUUUUUAUCUUCCUGAAUUUGCUCAAAACUAUCUUAUACGACUUCUACCAUUUAG